GAGGUCCUCGUUGCUCGCUCUCAGUGUCAUGGCGACCAACAUCGAACAAAUUUUCCGGGAUUUCGUUAUGAAUAAAAUUAAAGAAAUUGAAGACGAAGGUCAGCAUACUGGUCCUGGCUCACCUUGAGAUUGAACUGCAGGCGUCAUCACUAGCAGGCUUGUGGACGAGUGCAGCGCCCCACUCCGUGUUGAGCACGUAGACGUGCUCUCUCAGGGCUCUAGGGUGUUGAUUUGUGGUGACUGGGAGGAUCGUUAUAGGAGCGCAUCGUCUAACUGGUCGCACACACGCUCGCUCGCUUCCCACACGCGUGUGCUUGGCGUGUGCCGGCGCGCUCUCACCCCCGCGGUGUCCCCUGCAGAGUGACGAGCGAGGGCCAGCCCAACGGAGGCGUCUCACACCCGGGGCAGAAUUCCGGCGCCGGGAAGAACAUGGCCGACCCGUCCGAGAGGGCCGGGGACCCCCCCUCCCCCCCCCGCCCGCUGCUGCCAGCGGAACAUGCCAGGAUCACAAAGCUCGCUGAAGGGGGCGACGCGUCCCACAGUGCAGCGGCUGUAGACGAGCCGCCCAAGGAGGGCAGUGACACCCCGCGCAAGAGGAACAAGAAGCACAAACGACACAAGAGCAAGAAGAAGAAGAAGAAACGCAAGGAGGAGAAGGAGAGCAGCUCGGAAUCUGGGGCGGAGUCAGACGGAGAGACGCGGGGCGUGGCCAGUGUGAAGACUGAAGUCCUGCUCGAGGAACACCCCGAGCCUGUGGGGGCCACUGCCGGGGCCACGCCCCUCUCAGCUCUUGCAGGGGAAGAGACUGACGGAAAGUCCAAGAAGCAGAAACGACACACAAGCAAGAGGAAGAAGAAGAGGAAGAAGAAAGGCGAAGAGGAGAAGCCAGAGAAGAAAUCUCCGUCCCGAUCGGAGAGCACCUCGGCCUCGGGGUCCGAGUCGGAGAUGGAGUCCCGCCCCCCCUCCGGGCUGCCCUCUGCCGCGUCCCCCGCUGCCCCCCCCUCAGACGGAGCUUCGCCCGACUCCACGCCCGCACCUGAGCCGCCGGCUGCCCAGGUAAAGGAGGAGGAGUCUAAACCCAGCCCAGGAGACGCGGCGGGUGUGCCCGAUGAGGCCUCGGCCUCCACUUUGGACAUCGGUGCCUCCUCGGCCGCGGAGGCCGCAGGGGCGGAGCGUAACGGCGACUCUGCUGGCGGUUUCUGCGCGGCUCAGGACCUGCCGGAUAUAAUCCCAAAACUGGAGAGCGCGCAUCGGGAGGAACUCCCGAGGAUGGGCCCGGAGCUCGCCGCCGACACCAACGGGAAGCCGGAGGACCGGAGCGAGGAGAAGCACAGCAGCCGGUCGCGGUCCCGGUCUGUUUCUAAGACCGGGAGAGAAGCAUCGCGGCGAAGCCCGGCGAGAAAGAGCCGCAGCCGGUCGCUGAGCACCCCCCGCGAAUCCGUGAAGCCCAGCAACAGGGCCCGCUCCUCUUCCCGCCUGAGGUCCAGCCCGAAGGCCAAACGCAAGUCCCGCUCCCCCUCCAGGAGGAAGCGUCGCUCCAGGUCGCUGUCGCACACCAGGAACAGGAGGUCGAGGUCCCGGUCGAUCCGCCGCAGGCAUAGCCGGUCGCGGUCUGUCGUGCGCGUCCGCCGGUCGCGGUCACGGUCCCUCUCCAGGCGAAGGCGCUCGUGGUCGCGGUCGAAGAGGUCGCGGUCUCGUCGGCGCGCUCGACGGACCAGGUCCCGUUCGAUCCGGAGAGGCAGGCGGUCCAGGUCUCGGUCUCGCUCACGCCACAGACGGUCUAGGUCCCGGUCCUUCAGACGAGUCCGGCGGACCCGUUCGCGGUCCAUUGUAAUCCUUCGGCGGAGGCGAUCUCGGUCACUGCGCCGGAACAGAUCGCGGUCCAGGUCGCCAAAGAGAAGGCGGUCUAAAACCCCAUCGCCACGCCGAUCGAGGCGGUCUAAAACCCCAUCGCCACGGCGAUCGAGGCGGUCUAAAACCCCAUCACCACGGCGAUCGAGACGGUCUAAAACCCCAUCACCACGCCGAUCGAGACGGACCAAGUCCAAGUCACCGGCAAGGAGGCGCCAUUCAAAGUCUCGAUCACCAAAGCGGAGUUCUAGGUCUCCCCAUCGGAGCAAGCGAUCAAAGUCUAGAUCUCCGGCGAGGCGUCAUCGCUCAAAGUCCAAGUCCCCAAAACGCAGUGGGAAGCACUCAAAAUCUCCCAAAAGGAACAAGCGUUCAAUUUCAAGGUCUCCCAACAGGAACAAAUCAAAAUCUAGGUCUGUCUCAGGAGACAGGCAAUCAUCUGAAAUGAGCCCCUCUCCCACGAAAGGAGGCGGCAGCGGCUCCAAGUGUGGUUCGCCCGACCAAGAUCGCCAGGACGCAGACCUCAGCAAGGACCUGGCCUCCCCGGACAAGCUGGGGAGAGACGCUGGUGAAAGGGAGGAAAUGUCCUCGGAUCCGAUCCCUGAAACCGGACCGGAACAGCGUGCGGACCACACGGAGAUGGAGGCGGCCUCCACCGGGGGCUGGAAGCCAGUGCCGUUUCUGGCAGAUGGAAAGGCCAAGGCCGGCUCUGCCCCCUCUAAAGCACCUGUCGACACCCCCAAGAGCAGUUCUCCACAGAGGGUUCCUGAUGAGAAGUGCUUUACCUCAGAGGUACCUUCCACCAGUCUGGACUCGCCAGAGCUCACGGCACAUGCCGCUGCCCCUGCUGAUAACCAGUCGGAACCUUGCGCCACCAUCUCGAGAUCCCGGUCUGCCUCCCCUCAGACUGAAGAGGAGGGGCACAGCCAGGUGGUUCCCACGGGGGUGAACACCGACAUGCCGGCUGUGUCUCCAAAUGAGCAUCGGAGCUCUCGGUCAUGUUCUCCCGCCAAACUCGAUGGCGACCACUCCAGAUCGCCGUCUCCCUCCAAACCUGCUGUUGCACAGGACUUUGAAUCCCCGUCAGUCGGCAAAAAUGAAAAACCUAUAAAACGGAGGAGCUCCUCCUCUCCUGCUAGGAAGAAGAGCUCAAAGUCCCGAUCGCCUUCCCGGAGGAGGAAGUCCCGGACCCGCUCACCCGCCCGCAGAAAACGCUCACCUUCCAACUCUUCCUCCCCGCGAAAAAGGUCCCCAUCAAAAUCCACCACUCGCAGAAAGAAGUCCAAGUCAAAGUCUCCGGCGAGGAAGAGAAAAUCUCGAUCUCCCUCUCGCAGUCGGAAGAGAAAAUCCAAAUCUAGGUCCCCUGUGAGGAGGCGGAGAUCCAGGUCUAAAUCUCCCGCUCGGAAGCGGAAGUCCCGUUCAAAGUCUCGAACCAGAGCCAAGCGGUCAAAGUCCAGGUCCCCCAGGAGGAAGCGGUCAAAGUCCAGGUCACCGGCGAGGAAGAAGCGCUCAAAGUCCCGGUCCCUAGUGCGCAGGAGGAGGUCCAAAUCCGCAGAGAAGAGCAAGCGGUCAAAAUCCCGCUCUCCGGCCCGGAAGAGGCGGUCGAGGUCUCGGUCCCGGGUGCGGCGCUCCCGGUCCCGGCGGUCGAGGUCCAGCUCCCGCCGGCGGCGGAGCGGGUUCCCGCUGGACCGGCGCGACCGCUGGCGCCGCACCCCGAGCCACUCCCCCAUCCUCAUCCUGCGCAAGAGGAGGUCCACCUCCAGGACCCGGCGCAGCGCCAGCAAGACCCCGCCCCGCCUCACCGAACUAGAUAAGGACCAGCUGCUGGAGAUCGCCAAGGCCAAUGCGGCUGCCAUGUGUGCCAAGGCCGGCGUGCCGAUCCCUGAGAGCCUCCGGCCCAAAGCCAUCCUGCAGCUGCCCCUGCCCACGCCGGUGCCCACGCCCCUGUCCUUGCCCCUGCCCCUCCCCAUGAACCUGCCCAUGAACCUGCCCCUCAAUAUGUCCAAUAUGAGUAUGCCCAACAUGAACAUGCCCAACAUGGGUAUGCCCAACAUGAACAUGCCCAACAUGAACAUGCCCAACAUGAACAUGACCAUGCCCAGCAUGAGCAUGACGGCUGCUGUGGCCACGAUGACUGCUGCCCUCUCGACCAUGAGCGCCCUGUCGCAAAUGCCCAACCUGCCUGCCCUGCCCACCAUCACCAACAAGCCCCCGCCCAUGGCCAUCCCCAACACCGCCAACAUCGAGGAGGUCAAGAGGAAGGUCACGCAGAAGGCCAACAGUAUCAGCAUCAAGGAGCUUACAGAGAAGUGUAAGAAGAUCGCGGAGAGCAAGGAGGAGAUGGCCAUCGCCAAGCCGCACGUGUCCGACGACGAGGACGACAACCCACGGGACAACAAGGGAAGUUCCUUCAGCCUCAGUUAACCUGGCCCCCCCCCGCCCUGGCCCCUUGGCGAAACCGGAGGCCUUUGAUCUCGAGCCCCCGGCAUCGCCAUGGCCACCGGACACAGUGGAAGGGCCCUAAAGGGGCCCUGCGGAGUGGACACACGGACAGACCGAUGGACAGACUGAUGACGGGAACGGGGAGUUAAGGGGGUCUUCCCCGAUGCCCCUCCUCCACCAGGCGGGUCUCACAACCACACUCAGAACUGCGCCUCUGGACGGAGGUGACGCUGCGCAGAGCUGCGGGGUCUGGCUGCACUCUGUCCGGGAGAAGAGCGCAGACCGACCCGGCAGCCGGCUUCAUUACGCAUUCUCCACUGGGGCGCCGAACGUUCGUAAUCAAGCCUUUGAAGUGAGGUGAGGAGACCCCAGGGGGACCGUGGGACUGGGGGCUCCACCUCUCCAAAGAGACUUUGUUCAGCGGGCAGCAGAAAUGCGAAAGGAUUUUAGAUUAUUAUUCAAUUUUUUUUUGUGAAGGACUGAAUUGUAGCUGCCCUUGCUUUUCCACAUUGAGUUUUCUUGCUUGUGUUUAUUUUUCCUCCUCCUCCCGUUUUCUUGGGUGAAGUUGAAUGUGUCCCAGCUGUGCUCACCACGCCGGGUGGGUGUGGUCUGCAGCGCUUCCCAGCAUGCAGUGCUGCAAGCUUUGCUGCGUCACACCUGCCCAGAGGGCUGUUGUGAGUGGCUCACCGGAGCGUAACGUUGCCCUGACAACAUGAUCGAUGCCCCGUGGCCCUGGGUUAGGAUGCGUACAGUUGAGUAGUGAUUGCAGCCCUGAGUACAGUGGCUAAACGAGAUUACCGAGCAGCAUUUCGGACCAGCACAGCUUUUGGGCCUCAUGAAGAGGACUGUUCUGAAGAGUAAUUGUCCUGUAGUAUAUAAACCACAUCGACCUGCUGCCCAUUUGUUUUUAAGGGGAUACAUAAAUAUAAAGAGCCUGAUGCAUUGUCUGAGGGGAAAAACAGGUUGUUUUUUGAGGUUUUUGACAUCUUUACUGUAUUGUGUAAUGUUUUGGGUGAUUAUUUUCUGUGCUUUUGUUUUUUUGUUUUUUUUUGUGUUGGAUCUGACAGCCCUGCUCAGACACGCUGUGGGGGGUUCUGCUGCCCCCUGGUGGUUUUGAUUCCAGAUGCGUCAUCCUCUCCUGCCAGUCAGAAUUGGCCUUGAAAAAGCCACAUGCACACAUACUUGUAUCUCUCUCACACACACACACACACACACACACACACACACACACACACAGAGGCACGCACACUCAUUCCUGUAUCACACACACACACACAUUCCUGUAUCUCUGACACACAGAUUCCUGUAUCUCUCUCUCUCUCACACACGCACACAUACCUGUAUCUGUUUCUCACCACCCCACACACACACACGCACGCACGCACGCACGCACGCACGCACGCACGCACGCACGCACGCACGCACGCACGCACGCACACACACACACACACACACACACACACACACACACACACGCACACGCUCACCAGUAAAACGCAGCACAUUGCAGUAUGUCACCUGCCCAUUUCUGAGUGAUUCGGAGAGAAGCGUCAUAGUUCAGAUGCCAGGACUUUACUGCCUCAAAAGUAUUCUGAGUAUAGAGCUGUAUGAGAGGAGUGGGCGGGGAUUAAAGUGUGUUAUCUGUAGAGAAGUGGGUGGAGCUUAAAUUGGGUUUCUCCUGGAAAGGGGGGGAAUUUUGGGUGCUUUUCUGAGACGAGCUUAAAGGUUUGUGUUGGGAGAAGUGGGCGGAGCUUCUCGAGUCGUGCUGUGACGAUGGAGGUGGCCGGUUUCCUCGGCGACCGUGUGUUCUGGGCGGAGCUCAUGCAGUGGUGGAUGCUGGCUGGUUCCAACCACAACAUAACCACACAGGUGUGAUUGAGCACGGAUACAGGAGUACUGGAUCGGAUACACCUGUUGGGGGUGGAGCUGUACUGCAUAGGUGUGAUGUGUUUGCUCACCACAGACCUCCACAGUGUGGUCAACCGUGUGUGAGUGUGUGAGUGUGUGAGUGUGUGAGUGUGUGAGUGUGUGAGUGUGUGAGUGUGUGAGUGUGUGAGUGUGAUCUAGUAAUCCUGCAUCUGUGCCGUAGAACUCCACAUUCCCGUAGAAACCUCACUCUUCUGCUGUAACCACGUUUGGCUUAAUUGUCUUUUAUAUAAAAUGGCAUUUUAGAUAAUUUUUUUUUUUUUUUUUUUUUUUUUUUUUAGUUCUUAGGAUGUUUGUUUGCUUUGUACAUAAUGCAAUGUUGAUUAUUAUUAAAGAAAUCUCCUAAAAUGA